AUGUCAGGUAGGGAAGUUCGAGAAUACACGAAUCUAUCCGACCCUAAAGAUAAGAAAUCAGGUAAAGGUAAGAUAGAUGAUGAAGAUGUUACAUUUCAACGGAUGGUUGCAAAGAUGCAAGAGGUUGCUGGUGAGCGUGGAGGCUAUCUUCAUGGACGAGGCGAACAGAUGGAAGCGGAGGAGGAUGCAGAACGUCUUCUGAGACGAACUGAGAAACGGGCUCACUUAUACCAUCAGGCAUCAGGCUUAUGUUAUUGUACAUGCCUACCAAAGCGUUUUUUUUGUUCUUUCUUGACCAUACAUCACAAAGCUGCAACCCAAGCUGAUUCAUCGCCAGCGUCUGUUCCCUUGGCACUUCGUGUUGAGCCCAAACCAAAGAGUGGUAUCAGGCAGCAAGAUUUACUGAAGAAAGUUGUCGAGGUUAAACCAAAACGUCCAAAAGUCUCAACGCCAUCAAGUCCGAGCUUAUCACCUCCUACUAGAAGUGACAGAGGUCCAACAGAUGCAGAGGUUCACAGAGAUAGGCAGAACGAAGAAGCUAGUACAGUGUUGUUGAAGAAAUUGGACAGAUCAGAGGAGCAACCUGGAGCAGACCGAAAUGAUGGGAAAGAAACGGAAAGCAAUGGGCAAGGUGAAAAUGCUUUGAAAGGCUUGUUGGGAUUAGCGUAUGAAAGUUCAGAUGAAGAAGACUAA